GUGGGGGCCCCGCCCCCAGCCUGUCUUUGGAUAAGGCUACGCGCUGUGGCCCUGUGGACAUCUGCUGGCGCUGGUUCACCUGAAGCAGGUGGCGGACGCAGCACGCAGGACCCCGGACCCGACUCCCAGGAGCGAGAGCUUGGAGGAUGCCUCAGGAGCGGACCGUGCGCCUACAAUAUGGGAACCGCAUCGAGGCGGUGUGUGUGCUGGGCACUCGGCUCUGGGUCGAUGUCUACAGUGCAGCCCCCGCUGAUGCCAAGACCUUCAGCCUGAAACACACAGAUGGUGUACAGGUAGAGGCGGUGAUUGACGGGCAGGCCGAGGAGGCCACAGCCAAUGGCAAGCAGCGAUGGGCCCUCUCCCCCAGCACCAUCCUCCAUCUCAGCAUGAGCCAGCCCAGCACAGAAAUCAGCAGCGACAAGAUCACCGUCAACUAUUACUCAGAGGAAAGCAACACACCUAUUGACCAAGCUGGCCUUUUCCUCACAGCUGUUGAGAUCUCCCUGGAUGUGGAUGCAGACCGAGAUGGAGUGGUGGAAAAGAACAACCCUAAGAAGGCAUCCUGGACCUGGGGCCCUGACGGGCAAGGGGCCAUCCUACUGGUGAACUGUGACAGGGAAAUUCCCUGGUUGCCCAAGGAAGACUGCUCUGAUGAGAAGAUCUACACCAAAGAAGACUUGAAGGACAUGUCCCGGAUGAUCCUGAGGACCAACGGCCCCACUCAGCUCCCAGCAGGCUAUGAGAUGGUUCUCUACAUUUCCAUCAGCGACUCAGAUAAAGUGGGCGUGUUCUAUGUGGACAACCCAUUCUUUGGCCAACGUUACAUGCAUAUCCUCGGCCGGCGGAAGCUCUUCCACGUGGUAAAGUACACAGGCGGCAAAGCUGAGCUGGAAUUCUUUGUGGAAGGCCUUAGAUUCCCCGAUGAGAGUUUCUCGGGCCUGGUUUCCAUCCAUGUCAGCCUGUUGGAACUUCUGAUGGAGGGACUUCCUCAGACUCCAAUCUACACAGACACAGUGACUUUCCGAGUGGCCCCAUGGAUCAUGACGCCAAACACACUGCCUCCAGUAUCAGUUUUAGUGUGCAGCAUGAAGGACAAUUACCUGUUCCUCAAGGAAAUAAAGAACCUGAUAGAGAAAACUGACUGCAAGCUUAAGAUCUGUUUCCAAUACAUGAACCGUGGGGAUCGUUGGAUCCAGGAUGAAGUUGAGUUUGGCUAUAUUGAUGCUCCCCACAAAGGCUUUCCUGUGGUCCUAGAUUCCCCCCGAGAUGGGAACCUGAAAGACUUCCCAGUGAAGGAACUUUUGGGCCCAGAUUUUGGCUAUGUGACCCGGGAACCCCUCUUCGAGGAAGUCACCAGCCUGGAUUCCUUCGGGAACCUAGAGGUCAGCCCCCCUGUGACGGUGAAUGGGAAGGAGUACCCCCUGGGCCGGAUCCUCAUCGGCAGCAGCUUCCCCUUGUCUGGCGGAAGAAGGAUGACGAAGGUUGUGAGAGAUUUCCUCCAGGCUCAGGUAGUGCAGGCACCAGUGGAGCUGUAUUCUGACUGGCUGAUUGUUGGCCACGUGGAUGAAUUUAUGACCUUCGUUCCCAUCCCAGGCAAAAAGGAAUUCCGGUUGCUCAUGGCCAGUACCUCUGCCUGCUACAAGCUCUUCCGGGAAAAGCAGAAACAAGGACAUGGAGAAGCUAUCUUGUUCAAAGGCUUGGGGGGUAUGAGCAGCAAACGGAUUACCAUCAAUAAGAUCCUGUCUAAUGAGAAUCUGGUGCAACAGAACCUGUAUGCCCAGCGCUGCCUGGAUUGGAACCGGGAUAUCCUGAAAAAAGAACUCGGGUUAACAGAGAAGGAUAUCAUUGACCUCCCAGCUCUGUUCAAGUUGAAUGAGGAUGGCCAAGCCAUGGCUUAUUUCCCAAACAUGGUGAAUAUGAUUGUGCUUGGCAAGGACCUGGGCAUCCCCAAGCCCUUUGGGCCCCUGAUCGAGGAGCAGUGCUGUCUGGAGGCUCACGUGUGCUCGCUUCUGCAGCCCUUGGGUUUCUCCUGUACUUUCAUCGAUGACAUUUCCUCCUAUCACAAAUUAAUGGGCGAGGUCCACUGUGGUACCAAUGUCUGCCGGAAGCCCUUUGCCUUCAAGUGGUGGAAUGUGGUGCCUUGACCCCAAGGCGGGCUUGGCAUCCCCCUCCCUCAUUCCCUCCACCUUCCCCAUACCUCCUCCCAUAUUCCCAGGUCCAACACCUUCUUGGAAAUUGCUUUUUCUUCAUUGGGCUGGGUCCAUUUUGACAUCUGCAUGGGGAUGGGGUGGGGUCUAGAAAAAAAAUAUUUGUGAUGUGUCUUGCCCCUCACCCCUAAGGUUCUAGAACCCACUCAAAUUCACAUGUAACAGUCUCUAGGUCUCCUGAUCCACCUUCUCUCCUUGGGCAAAUGGAGGGGGUGUGGUCAAUUCCUCUGUGGACAAGAGAAGGUCUGAUGUACACCAGACUCCAUUGGACUUUGAGCCACAAGCCCCAUUUAAGAUUUACCUUGCAAGGGGAUGAUGCCUCUAGCUUCUCUGUGGAUAUCCUCAGCCACUUCAUUCCUCCCCAAUCCUCCUCACACUUCAGUCCCUGGCUUUCUCCUCACCCCUUAAUAUCUAUCCACUUUGCCCCACAGCAGAUACGAACUGCAGUGGGUCAGCUGCCCAGCCCCAGGCUAACUCCACCUCUAGGGCACUACAUGGAUUGGUAGGGAGGGGGACAGAACAAGAAAUUCUGUGCCCCGCUUAGGGAUAUCAGCCAAGAAUCCACACUGCCAUUUCUAAUUAGGCCGAUUGCUCUCCUCUGUGCCUGUUUUCUGGAGUAAGACCAAGGUUGGGACCAGGGGGUAGGAAAGGUCUUUCUCUGUCCAACCCUAGAGAUGGAAUCAAACAGCUAGUAUAUUUUCCAGGUUCUGGUAAUAGCUUUCCAAGUCAAGAGGAUUAGAUGGCCAGUAGCAUUUCUCCCAAGAGAAGGAAAAAAACUCAGAGUUGGUGGCUUGGGCUCCAGAGUCAGAGGAUGUGAGUUCAAAUCCUACCUUUGACACCUACUAGCUGGGUGACCUUGGGCAUAUCACUUAAUGAUCUCUCUGGGGUUGUUGGCCCAGAUGGCUUCUGAAAGUCUCUUCCAACUGAACAUGUAGCAUCCUACAAUCUCCAAUCAUGUCUCUACUUCCCCCCACACACACCCUUCUGUGAGGUUUAUGAAGAAAGAGGUCCCAGGCUGUGCCCCCAAGAGUCCAGGGAUAGGACUUGGGACCUUUUUUUUAAAAACAGCUCCUAGAGGAUGGUCCUCUUUCUCCAAGAGGUCUCCCUGAGGUGGGAUUCUUGCCCCACUUUUUUUACAGAAAUGCAUUAGCAUUCUUCCCCAGCUCCAUGCCCCGCCCAUCAAGAAAUGAGAAGUAUUCAAUUAAAUGAGGAACUCACCACCUCAUCGUCUAGAUGUGACAACUUUCCAUGUGUCCCUGGCCUUUCCCUUCUCUCCCUUUCCUAUUGUCCAUCAGCUCCAUUCAACAAGUAGUUAUUAAAUAAACACCUACAAUGUGCAAGGCACUGGAUAGCAUACAAGAUACAAAAAUUAAACAGUCCUGUCCUCAAGGAGUUUACACUCUCCUAGAAUGUAAACCACCCCCACCCCACCCCCAGCCAUUUCUCUGAGGGAACAGGAACCAAGCACAACUUUAUUAACCUUCGUCAUCUAGACAUCUUGCACUGGAGGGAGCAUAAGCAAUUCCCUGAUAGAAAUUAAUUCCUAGAACUGAAGGAACCACGUUAGACGGUAUGUUGAUUGCCCACUGGCCCUGCAUGCCUCCAUUUAGUGAACAGCUGAACUGAUAAAUAACCACAUUGAUAAAUUGCUAAAUGGAAUUUCUCCCUGAGGCUUUCAUGUUUCUUGGACACUGGUAGAAUAGGAUUUGGGAGAAUACUCAUUCAGAAAAGUCCUUCCCCACCUUUUAUUCUGUUUCCCCUUUUCCUUAAGAAUAAAUUGACAGGGGGAAGCUAGAUGGCGCAGUGGAUAAAGCACUGGCCCUGGAUUCAGGAGUACCUGAGUUCAAAUCUGGUCUCAGACACUUGACACUUACUAGCUGUGUGACCCUGGGCAAGUCACUUAAC